AUGUCCUCAGCCAUGAUUGGAGUCCUCUUCGCUGCUCUGGCGUUGGCCUACGGGGGUAUGGGUUGAACUCAGGAUAAAUAAGAGGGUGUAAUUGCCUGGUUCCUAGCCACAUAGGCAUGGAGGUGGCCGGCCUCCACUCCUUUAGAUGGCUUUCAGAAAAAGAGUAUCUAGAUUAUGAAUGAAGGAGAGCUCAGCCAAGUGUUUACUGGCCAGGACAGCAAUAGUAAUAGCAGAAUUUCCACAUGCAGAGGCAUUCUCUCUCAGAGGGUCUGAUACCAGGAGCAAACCACGGGGUUUAUCUCAUUUAUUCAGGCUCCCUAGGGGCCUGGAGACACAUCACUGGACAGAUGGACCUCUGGUCAGAAUCUGCAAAGCAAGUGGUGUGUUUGAAUGGGAACCCUGGAGAGAAGGUCAGACUAGACCGUCCUUGGCAGGCUGGGGAGGUGCUCUCAAAAUGCAGCGCAGAGAGGGGGCAACUCAAAACCCAGCCAGGAGCGAUUAUGGUCUAGCAAUGAAGAAUGAGAAUUGUUAGCAGCAGCAGAGCAGGAAUUUUUUUACAGGCUGCUUAUAUGCUGUUUGAAACUGCUCUGCACUUGUCAAGCAGAUAAACAGCGAUGUAGUUUUUUUAAAGACAUCUGAAGGAAGCCCUGUUCAGGGAAGUUUUUAGUUUGUGAGGUUGUAUUGUGCUGUUUCUACUUUUUGUUGGGAGCUGCCCAGAGUGCCUGAGGCAACACAGUCAGAUGGGCUGCAUAUAAAUUAUUAUUAUUAUUAAGCUGAUGAAAGCCUCAAAACAAGAUGCACAAUCGAUUCUACCAGGAGAUGUGGAAAACCUCUCCAGAUGCUUUUCUGAUAUGUAUCAGGCACUGAAAGCCAUUUUGUGGGCUCUGUGUGCAGAUGUGGUGGGAUGGGGAGGGGUCUGCAUUUCCAACUCACCCAGGCUGCAUACGCAAAAUAGCUUUGAAGCACAUUCAGAGCACACACACACACACACACACACACACACCUGCAAAGAGUUCUGGGCACUGUCAUUUGUAAGAGUUGCUGGGAACUGUGAUUCCUUGAGGAGUGAACUGCCGUGCCCAGAAUUCUUCAAGGGGAGAACGUGACCUGAAGGUCUAGUGUAUGUACACAGCCUGUACAGACUCAGCAAAAACUCAUUUCUUUCACACACACUCUGAUUUCCAGUAGCUCAGCCACCACCAACCCCUGAAAGGGGUGGUAUUGUGUAGAGUCAAAGAGGGUUCUUGCAACAAUAUAGGCACACUAAUUUGUAGCCUGAGCAUUUUGCUGCCUUGAGAAUCAUCCAUCUGUUGCACUGAACCUUCCAAGAGUGUCUGCACUGUGUCCUUUUCGCAGCCUUCAGUUGUGGGGUCCCGGCCUACAAGCCCAAUGUAAGCAGAGUCGUCGGAGGGGAGAAUGCCCGGCAGAACAGCUGGCCCUGGCAGGUAAGAUACAGCCUUGGAGUCUUGUUGUCCAACUAAUUGUCUGUCUCUCGGUAUUGAAAAAGAUUCCUUCCUUUGGCUUUCCAUCAUGGACUAUUUUCCCGAGGAUUGGGUGGGGGUUAGGGUUAGGGUUAGGGUUAGGGUUAGUGUCCCAUCGAUCCCAGCUGCCAUGUUCUGCUGUGUGCUCAAUUUCCAAGACUCAGAAAAACAGGAUUGUCUCUGUAUUUUGUGGUGUCUCCAGAGAAGGAUUGGUUGUGGGGUGGGAGCUUCCAUGCAUGCCAGAGAAACAGGAUUCCACCAUAAAUUUGAGCAGUUGACCCUGUAAUGAGAGAGGAAACAGCUCCAGGAAGUUGCCCCAUCUCCGGUUUGUCAGCUAUGAAAAUGUACCAGGUAUCAAAGUCAACAGGUAUCAAAGUCAACAUGUCAAAGGCCUAGUAAUGAAAGGAGAAAAAAAUCAGAGUUAAAGUCAUUUAUUACAAAAUGCACACUCAGAGCAUCUGGAGAGGGUUUUUCAGGAGCAAGCUUGUUUCGGCUCUGAUUUGGGUAGCAUGAAGGGUGGUCCAGGGUUGGGCAUCCUUCAAGCUCAUCCUGAGACUUGCCUCUCAUUCUCAGGCUUCCCUUCAAUAUUUGUCCGGUGGGAAUUGGCAUCACACAUGUGGCGGGUCCCUCAUCGCCACCAACUGGGUCAUGACAGCCGCUCACUGUAUCAGGUAUGUCAACACCCAAAUAAAACAGCUGCAUUUAAGUCUCUGGGAUUCUUGGCACUCUGGGAAAUUUGGCCACUCCUGGCGGUCUGUGUCCAGUUAUGAGCACCACAGUUGGAGAAGGAUAUUGACAAGGUGUGCAGAGGAGGGCGACCAAGAUGUUCAAAGGCCUGGAAACCAAGCCUUCUGAAGAACAGUUGAGGGAGUUGGGUAUGUUUAGCGUGGAUAAGAGGAGACUGAGAGGGAAUAUGGCAGCCAUCUUCAGAUAUCUGAAGAGCUGUCACAUGGAAAAUGUAGCAAGUUUGUAUAUGCUGCUGUUCCAGAGGGUGGGGCCCGAACCAGUGGUUUCAAAUGACAAUGGACUAAACUUUAAGAAGAACUCUCUGAUGAUAAGAGUUGUUCAACAGAGGAAUGGACUAUCUUGAAGUGUGGUGACUUUCCUUCAUUGGGGUUUUUUAAGCAGAGGUUCGAUGUCCAUCUGUCAGGGAUUCUUUAUUGAUCCUUGCCUUCCAGCCUGCCAGGAAUACUGAGAGUACUGACCUCCCCCUUGCUUGGACCAUCACAUAUUGGUCACUGAAAGAAGAAGAUAUUGGACUAGUUGGGUCUUUGCCUGAUGCAACGAGGCUCUUCUUGCAAUUGGCAAAAUGAAUGUAGCCCAUGAAAGUGUUUGAUAUGCAAAAAAUACUGGGUUGUAUCCAUAAUACACUGGUACCUCGGGUUAAGUACUUAAUUCGUUCCGGAGGUCCGUUCUUAACCUGAAGCACCACUUUAGCUAAUGGGACCUCCUGCUGCUGCCGCACCGCCGGAGCACGAUUUCUGUUCUCAUCCUGAAGCAAAGUUCUUAACCCGAGGUAUUAUUUCUGGGUUAGCAGAGUCUGUAACCUGAAGCGUAUGUAACCUGAAGUGUGUGUAACCCGAGGUACCACUGUAAUUUAAUAAGAGCUUGCGGCCCAUCUAGUCCAGCAUCCUGCUUUCACAGUCGCCAGCCGGAUGCCGGUGAGAAGCCAGCAAGCCGGACCCUCAAGUGUUAGUCGUACUCAGAGAAAGACCCACUGAAAUCAAGGCAGAUGACUCAUUCAGGUCCAUUAAUUUCAAUGCGUCUACUCUAAGUAGAAUGUAGUUGGAUACAACCCGACUCACUUGACUUUUCUUCUUCAUUAUGCAAAGAAACACUCUCAUCCCUCACUCUUUUUCUCCAUUUCUUCAGUUCUGGUCGGACUUAUCGCGUCUUCCUUGGAAAGCACAGUCUCUCAUCCAGCGAGAAAGGAUCAGUUGCCGUUUCCCCAUCAAAAAUCAUUGUUCAUCCCAAGUGGGACGCAAGUAGACUUACCAAUGGGUAAUAUAAUAGCUUUUCAUGAAGCAAGAAUAGAAAAAAUUAUUGUGGCCAACAGUGGUGGUGGUGGUGGUGGUGGAGCAGAGAUAAAGUUAAUUUUCUAUAUUAUUAUUUUUCAAAUCAAUUCUAGUAUUUGGCAUGCCAUCAAAGUCAUACAUUUAUUUUUCUGAGUAAAUCUUGCGUUUUCCAUGUGAAAGCCAGCAGCAGCAUUAACAAACUGCGGCUGAAUUACAUUUUCUAACCAAGAAAAAUGGAAUCCCCUACUCGUCAGCUGAUGCAUGGUUUAAUCCUGCUUUCUAGCUGCAGGAUCAUCCCAUAUCUUUACCUGUCCCAUGUCUGACAUCACAUGCAAUAUCAGGUGUGGGGUGAGUGGGUGUGGUUCAAGGGGGGAACAGCCUUACCAGCAAAAGUUGUGGCGGGUCACAUUUAGCCUCUGGGCCAAAAGUCCCCCACCUAUUGGCCUGGAGGCUUGUCAGUUAAUCCAGAGUCUUUGCAUUCAUUUGCCCAAACCCUGGGAAAUGCGGAAAAAAUAUUGGGCAAUUUAUCUAGAAUCCCCUCAGCGCGGUUUUCUAGUUUCCAUGCACACCAUAAGCCACAUUCUCACCUUACAUUUUAAACCAUUAUAAGACUUUACCAGUCAUGGCUCCCCACCCAAAGAAUCCUGGGAACUUUUGUUAGUAAACCCUUGUUCUCCUCACAGAGCCACAAUUUCCAGAGUGGUUUAACAAUCAGUCCCUCUUCCCAGUAAACUCUGGGAACUGUAGCUCUGUGAGGGGAAUAAUGGCAGCCAGCACCCUUAGCAAAUUACAGCUCCCAGAAUGCUUAGGCGGGAAGCCAUGACUGUCUAAAGAGGUACAAUAAUGCUUUAAAUAAACGGAUGGAUGCGGCCUGCUCUUCAUGCCCAUUUUCCCUCUUUCUCCAGGAACGAUAUUGCACUCAUCAAACUUUCUCAGCAUGUCACCUUGAGCAACAGCAUCCAGACGGCUUGCCUCCCCAAAGCCAACAGUAUCUUAGCUGCCAACUAUCCUUGCUACGUAACUGGAUGGGGAAGGCUGAUAAGUAAGUGUCGUGAUGGAUUUUUUUAAAUUGAAAAAAUAUUAUUAUUAUACUUAAUUGCAAGCAGUUUGCGACUCAUUGCCCUUUUGAGGAGCAUAAUGCGCAGCAGUGCAGUGAUACACUCAGAAGUGCAGGGUCCUUUCAUGAGAGUCACAGCCAUGCCCCCAUCUAAGAUUACACAGUAAUCUUUAUAAAUAUAGAAUAAUAAUAACCAUGGCUGUAAUGCAAUAAUAAACAAAGGUCUCCAUGUGUUACAUUUCAGCUAGAUCUACUAUUUUCUGGGCACACUUCUCCUUGGUGUUUCUCGCAUGUGAUUUCUCCAGGCCAACCCUAAGAGCCAAUCUUCAGUGGCUGACUCACCACCUGGAUAGCUCAGUUGGUUAGAGUGUGGUGCUGAUAACACCAAGGUUUCAGGUUUGAUCCCCGUAAGGGACAGCUGCAUAUUCCUGCAUUGCAGGGAGCUGGGCUCUACAAUUCUAUGAGUCGAUUCCUUUCACUCUGAUUGGCUCCAAUCAGAAGCAAAAGUGAGAAGACUUCUUCUGAGGUGCUAAAAUUCUCCCCUUUCUUGCCCUUUGGGCAUCUCUAGAUUACAAUUUAAGCCUCUUCCUUUAGUGCUAGGGGGAUGAAGACAGGGGGACUUCCAAGUAGUUUAUAAAUCUUCUAAAUAAAAAUAAAAUAAAUAAACACUGCAUGUACCAGCUUUCUAAAGUUGCCUGAGAAUGAGGCAGAAAACUGGAAGUCUCUUUCACAGGGGAAGAGCACUUUCAAAGAAUGGGAGGGCAUUUUUUUUUAUUUUUUAAAAAACCAAAGUACUAGGAUGCCUAUUGUGGGAUGUGGGUGGUGCUGUGGUCUAAACCACUGAGCCUCUUGGGCUUGCCGAUCAGGUCAGCGGUUCGAAUCUCCACGACGGGGUGAGCUACUGUUGCUCGGUUCCAGCUCCUGCCAACCUAGCAGUUCAAAAGCAUGCCAGUGCAAGUAGAUAAAUAGGUACUGCUCUGGUGGAAAGGUAAACAGCGUUUCCGUGUGCUGCUUUGGUUUCGGUGCUCCGUUGCGCCAGAAGCGGCUUAGUCAUGCUGGCCACAUGACCCGGGAAAACUGUCUGCAGACAAACGCUGGCUCCCUCAGCCUGUAAAGUGAGAUGAGCUCCACAACCCCAGAGUCGUCUGUGACUUAACUGUCAGGGGUCCUUUACCUUUUCCUUUUUAGGACGCCUAUUACUUCCUUGCUUGACAUUGCUCCAUCUCAUAACCCUCUUGCUUUGGUCUCUUCUAGCAAAUGGUCCGUUGCCAGAUAUCCUGCAGCAGGGGCGCUUGCUUGUGGUGAAUCACGCCACCUGCUCCCAGGCCAGCUGGUGGGGCAGCUCGGUGAAAACCAACAUGGUCUGUGCAGGCGGCGAUGGUGUGAUCUCCAGCUGCAACGUGAGUGUGUUCGUGCAUGCAGGUGUCAGGGUAGGGGCAGCCCAAUCCAGUGGCCAGAAACAACACGCCUUGCAAUCGGAAGGAGAUGUACCAAAGAACCAGAUUUGCAAUACAUAACUCAUUCUGGCAUUCGCAAGGGAUGGAGGCGAAAUUCAGCUGGGUUUGCAUUUGAGUCACACUCCUUGAAACAAUAAUAUGAACCACCCUUCCAGCUCAAGAUAGCCUGCACUGCCUGGCAGCAGCUUCCCAAGCCAGACGGGCAGGGCCGAAUUUAGGUUUGAUGAGGCCCUAAGCUACUGAAGGUAAUGGGGCCCUUUAUAUGUCCAGCUGUCCUUUGUCAACAACAAAUUGUUGCUGUUUUUUGUGUUGAAUAUGUGCUAUGUGGUAAUUUAUGGACCUAAUAGGUAUCUAAAGCCACUUGCACAUAACAUGACAUGUAUUUUUUCAAAGUAAUUGUUGAACUGAAAUACAAUUAAGAAGUAUAUUAAUAGUGAAAUACAAUUAAGAAGUACCGGUAUAUUAAUAGUGAAAUAAUUAUUGAGCCCUAACUUAAAAUGAUUUUUUUAUUUAUAACAAACUUGAUAAUGCAAACACAUUGGCAUUUGUCAAUAACAAAAGUUCCUUUAGAAACACAAUUUACAAAGACUCAUAAUCUAGUCUCUAGAAACUUGCUAUCACAUGAAAUAAUAAUUGUAGGUUUUAUUUUAUUUGUUUUUUAUCUUAUAUUUUGGAAAUGUACAUCCAGGUUUUUUUCCUUUAAAUUUUUUUGGGGGGCCCAAGAGAGUGGAGCCCUAAGCUAUAGCCUGCUUAGCUUAUACAUGGACUUAUGUAUAAGCUAAGCAGGCACUUCUGGAGCAGCCAAAGGUUGAAACUUCUGCAUUCAAAGCAGGUGCUCUAAGCACUGAGCCCCAGCCCUUCCCCAAUCAAUUAUGCCCCUGUACUUUCCCAUUCCCCAUUCCUCAACGCAGAGCAUUCGUGGUGACCCAGAGCAUCUCCUUCCCCAAAAGCUCCAUCAAAUUCUGCUUGGCUUGUUUACAGGGGGACUCCGGUGGCCCACUCAACUGCCAAAACUCUAGUGGGAAAUGGGAGGUGCACGGAGUGGUCAGCUUCGGUUCCUCUCUUGGCUGCAACUACUACCGCAAGCCGUCUGUCUUCACGCGGGUCUCCGCCUUCAACGACUGGAUCGCGCAGGUGAGCAGCACACCUUGAGGCCGGUCCGCCAUCCUUGCUGCUUAAUAUGGAUGCUGCGCCAAGAGUGGGCUUCAGUAGAGACAGAACACAUUUGGGAUGAAAGGCGGCAGGGGAAGAUCUGCCUUUCGACUGAGGCUACACCCACAUUUUCCUCUGGAUUUCUGAAGCGUCCAAUUCCCUGGCUCUGUUUCCGAUGUGGAUUUGGUGCAUUAGGAACACACGCACCUUUCCCCCCCCUUUUUCAUUUCUGCAUUUGAUUUCUGCAGAGUGCAGCCAUAGGCAUGCAAUUCAAAUUCAUUCCACUCGAAAUCAUUUACAAAAUAUUUUGCCCCUUUGAGCCCUCCCCAAAGUAAGCACUCCCCAUUCAGUCUGGAAACGGCCCUCAGAUUCAGCUGCCAGUCUGGGCAGGUUUUGUACAUGGAAUUGGAAGUGUGUGGUUUCUGCAGAGGAGGGAGGAGAUCACCUUUGCCUCAGGUAACCAAAGGUCUCUGGGAACCUAGCAGACAUCUCUAAUGCCUCUAAUCUGCCCAUCCUGCUUUUAGAACUCAAAGCAAGGGUGGAUAUGGGCGAAAGAUGGCUGGAGAGAUUUUGGUUUUGAAAGGGAGGGUCUUUGGCAGCCAAUCCAGGUCCCCACUCAUAGCCAUUAUAUGCAUCUCAAGCCCCUAUCCCACCAUUGCCAUCUGCGAAACCAGUUCAUGUGAGACAAAUGGGAUGAGGGGGGGGGGGGACAUGCCACAAAAAAAGCAAUUUACAAGUUUUAUACAAGGCUUGUUUUUUUUCCCAAACAACAAAAACCACCCUCUAAGCGGCUUAUGUAAGAGAAGGUAAAAUAUGCAUACGAUAUGAAAUCAGCAAUCAUCAUAAAAUGAUCAAAAUACAGAUGAAACCUUUUAAAAAAAUGAAUACUGUAUAUACAAAGGCAAAUAAGCCAAUGAUUCUUGCUUUUUGAGACAAAUACUCACACUUCCUCUUUCUUUUGCAUUGUCUGUAGGUGAUGGCGCAGUAUUAA